CCUGAUCCGCCCAAGAGGAAGACAGGAAUUCAAGACAACGCUCCGGAAUUGUUAGACUUCAUUGGCAAACUAGAGCCUUUACUCCGCUUUCUUGUGAACAGCUUAAUUGCUUUUGUCCUCCAAAAAAAGUUCAGUCAACAGGAAAGCGUCCCCACUAUUCUUGUCAAAGGAUCGUUCCUGAUAAGAAAUGUGAUCCUCAAAGAAGUGAGGCAGUUGGAGCUGUCACGUCUCCUGACCGCCCUGUCGGAUCAAGCCAAGCUGGAGACUGAGUAUGUGCAGCAAUGGAAACGCGAGAGCGAUCAGAUCGCGUUGCGUUGUGCUCCAAAUCAGUAA